AUGGGUUUCAACGAUGUCUCAAGGCACCGCGCAGUCGCUGGUUUUGCCACCUCACACGCACCGCGGCAGCAGGUGUCUGCCAUCGUCGUGGGUGGCGGCGCCUCUGGUAUAGCCGUCCUGGGCAACCUGCUAGAGAAGAUCGAGCAUGGCAAAAUCUCCUGGAUCGAUACGGAGUUCAAAGGCGGUCGCAUAAACCGCAAAUACCGUGAGGUGCCAAGCAAUACGAAGGUCGGCCUUUUCCUUGCUUAUGCCCAGGCAACGCAGCCAUUCCUGGAUGCCAUCGAGCAAACACCAAAGCCAAAUGCAGUAACAGCUUUGGAAGAUCUACCACAGGAUAGCACUUGUUCGUUGCACUAUGCGGGGGAUAUGCUUCAGCUGCUGUCGGAUGGACUGGUGAAGCAUGGUCGAGUGGAACGGUUUGAGGGCAAGGUUGCAGAAGCGAACCACAAUGAAGAGACUUCAGAAUGGAGCGUGAAAAUACAAAAUUCUUCUUCGGGGAGUACUGAGAGCCGGACAGCUCCGAUAGUUGUAUACUGCACAGGGUCGUCGCCGACCACUGUUCAGCUACCUACAUCGUCUACCGCCUCCUCCCCUGCUCUUCUCGACCUCGACACAGCGCUGAAGCCUACAGCUCUCGCGCAGGAAAUCGUAUCCGACAAGGAGAUCACUGUUGGCGUUGUUGGAGCUUCUCACUCUGCCAUUUUGGUCAUCAUGAAUCUGUUUAAGCUCGCCCAAAAGACACAUCCUCGCCUCCGAAUCCGUUGGUUCGCUCGUUCCCCAAGCCUCAAAUACGCAGUGUAUAAAGAUGGCUGGAUUCUGUAUGACAACACCGGCUUGAAGGGAGAAGCUGCUCGGUUUGCCCGUGAGCAGUUGGAUGGAGAGAACCUGGCUUCCAGCGAAGCUGGAAAGGUCAUCACUCGAGUUGAUUGUUCAGGUGGCGCUCAGAAAGAGCGGGAGGCGAUGACCCGAGAAUUGCCAAACUGCGACUACGUGGUCCAAGCUGUAGGAUUCACCAGGGACGAACUUCCAGCAAUGAGCCAGGAUAUCGUGUUCAACCCUGAGACUGGCGGGUUCUCAGAUGCACAAACAGGAAAGGAUCUGCCCGGACUUUUUGGGGCGGGAAUCGCAUUCCCGGAGAAGGUUGUGGACCCUGUGGGCAACGUCGAGUACGCCGUGGGAUUCUUCAAAUUUAUGAAGUUCCUGAAAAAGGUAAUCCCAAACUGGGUGGCCAAGACCGAUAAAUAA